AUGGAGAAGUUCAAAACCGUAGUCUCAAGGAUUGACAUUCCAGACGGUAUUGAUGCCUUGCGGAACACGUUGUGGGUUCGUUCUAAAUUCCGAGAGGAUUUAUACCAAAACCCAACUACGUCGCUCCAGGACGCUAUCGCGCGAUCUGACAACUUCAUCAAAAUGGAAGAAGAUACUAACGCCAUUCUCAGCAAGAUGAACGCACCCAAAGCGCCAGCGGCUAAAAACGCCAACACGCGACAAGAACCGCGCCAGCAUGCUCCAACCGACAAAAACGGCCGCAAAGACGGAUACAUGUAUGUCGUCAACGAGAACAACGUGCCGGUUUCAACUCUCGUAGUCCGCGGCGAGGGAUGGAACAAGUGGGUAAGGGAGCUCGAUUCGCCCGACAAACCAGUCGACACCGUUUGCACCACCCAACCUGCAGCCGGAGCCGGGUCAGCAGCGGGGUCUUCCAGGACCGUCGAUCUCACCAAGCAUUGCAAAUAUCACGACGUCAAGGGACAUGAUACCACAGAAUGCAAAUCACUCUACGCUCAUUAUCUCUCGUCACUUGCGAGCGGUGAAUUUAAGUUCGAACCCUUGAAAGCUAAACCAAAGAAUGGCAAGAGCUGGAGCAAGAACAAGGAAAGAAGAGCCCAGCGCAAAGCCACCGGCAAAGGUCGGCAAAACGACGCUCAACGACAAGACGACGAGGAGGAAACCCCGAAGGAUAACGGUGGGGGAGACUCCUCCGCCGACGAAGAGCAUCCUGCUAAUCGCAGACGCAUCGAGGUUAUACUCUCUCAGCAAUCUUUGUCGUCCGACGACGAUAACGACGAUGCGCCUGUACUCGGAGAUCUAAGAGACGUCCUGAAGCGGAAGUUCGAGUCCGAAAAUGAUAGCAGUCCCAAGCACAAAGAUCUACGGACGAUGCUGGACACACGGAAGUCUCGUCGUAUCUCGACAAGCGACGCUAACAACAACAAAGGGCCAAUUACAGACCUCCGAGAUAAACUCAACGCUGGCGCCUGCGACCUUCGCAUACAGCUCAACCGUUCAAAACCAACAGACUUACGACGACAGUUGGAGCGAGCUAAAGGUCAUUUUCAACCCCCAGCGCAUGACACCAACAUAUCCACGGACCUCCGCACCUUGCUAGACUCUAAGCGAGUACAAACGGGACAGUCGCUGAAUGUCAUCAUGGGAGGCUCCCGUCCUAGCGGAGACACUGUCCGUUCUGUAAAAGACUAUCGUCGACAGGUCGCGACUUCCCAGAAGUGGCCGACUAAACCGACAAGUCAUCUUCCGAUAACCUUCUCACCGGACGACGCUGAAGGAGUUCACGCUCCCCAUAACGAUCCCCUUCUCGUCGUCCUUGGAAUUGGAGAGUAUGAUGUCACCAAGAUCCUCAUUGACACCGGAAGUUCCGUCGACCUCAUCUUCCGAGGAACUCUACAGAAGAUGGGAGUUGAUCUUGACGACAUAAAAGCGUCUUCCAGGACAUUAACCGGAUUCAAUGGAUCCUCCGAAACUAUCUUGGGAACGAUCCGCCUCCCGGUACGCGCGUGUGGCGUUACUCGAACGGUUAAGUUUGCCGUUGUAAGCACAAAAGCUCCUUAUCACGCUAUACUCGGCACCCCUUGGCUACACUCGAUGCAAGCCGUUCCUUCCACCUACCACCAGUGCGUCAAGUUCCCUGGUACGGACGGAAGGAUAAAAACGCUGCGAGGGGAUCAAAAGGCCGCUAGGGAUCUCCUAGUCGCCACAGUCAAACUCCAACGGUCAUCUCUACCCGUUAAUUCUGUGUCUCCCCCAACCUCAAAAGUCCGUUCCCAGGAAAGCGAGAUUCUCGAGUUACCUAUUGACGACGCCGAUCAAAGUCGAACCGUAAGGGUUGGUGCAUACCUUUCUGAGGAAAUGCAGCAGUCAAUUCUGAACUUCCUCAGGAAGAACGUGUCUACAUUCGCUUGGUCGAAGGCCGUAAACGAAGAAGUUGACAAGCUACUCGGCGCAGGUUCGAUCGCUGAGGUCCGCUACCCCGAAUGGUUGGCAAAUCCGGUAGUCGUCAAAAAGAAAAAUGGCAAGUGGCGCGUCUGCGUCGACUUCACCGAUCUGAAUAAAGCCUGCCCAAAGGAUAGCUACCCUCUUCCCAACAUUGACCGUUUAGUCGAGUCUACGGCCGGAAACGAGAUGCUGACCUUCAUGGACGCCUUCUCUGGAUACAAUCAAAUAAUGAUGCACCCGGAUGAUCGCGAGAAGACAGCCUUCAUCACAGAUAAGGGAACCUACUGCUAUAAGGUCAUGCCGUUCGGUUUGAAGAACGCCGGAGCAACCUACCAACGACUUGUAAACAAGAUGUUCGCAGAUAAGCUGGGCAUCACUAUGGAAGUGUACAUCGACGACAUGUUGGUUAAGUCGCUCCAUUCCAUUGAUCACCUCCGUCAUCUUCAAGAAUGCUUCGAAACUCUCAACAAAUACGGCAUGAAGCUGAACCCAGCAAAGUGCACAUUCGGAGUCUCUUCAGGCGAGUUCCUCGGCUACAUAGUCACGCAGCGAGGAAUCGAGGCGAACCCGAAGCAAAUAUCCGCGGUCCUGAACCUCCCAAGUCCGAGGAACAGUAGAGAAGUACAACGGCUCACAGGCCGGAUAGCUGCUCUAAAUCGUUUCAUCUCCAGAUCCACCGACAAGUGCCUCCCCUUUUACGAUCUCUUGCGAGGAAAUAAGAAGUUCGUUUGGGAUGAGAAGUGCGAGGAUGCAUUUACUCAACUCAAGCAAUACCUGACAACACCUCCAGUACUCGCUAAGCCGGACGUCGGUGAUGUUCUAUCUCUGUAUGUUGCGGUGUCACAAGCCGCUGUCAGCAACGUUCUGAUAAAGGAAGACCGCGGCGAACAAAAGCCCAUUUUCUACACAAGCAGACGCAUGACCGGACCAGAGACGCGAUACCCGACUCUGGAAAAGAUGGCUUUAGCAGUUGUCGAGGCAGCAAGAAAGCUUCGACCGUAUUUCCAGUCACAUUCAGUGGAGGUACUGACUGAUCAACCUCUCCGAACGAUACUCCAAACAACCAACAGAUCUGGCAGACUCACGAAGUGGGCCAUCGAACUCGGCGAGCUCGAUAUUACCUACAAGAACCGCACAGCGGCGAAGUCCCAAGUCCUCGCGGACUUCCUGGUCGAGUUGGCCCCAGAAUUGGAACAAGAUCUUAUACUCCCAAGCUCAAACUGGACGCUGCACGUCGAUGGAUCAUCGACCAACAAGGGAGCAGGAGCCGGAGUCCAACUACAGUCCCCGACCGGAGAGCUAAUCAGGCAGUCUUUUAGCUUUGGCUUUCCCGCGUCAAACAACGAAGCAGAAUACGAAUCUCUGAUCGCCGGACUCCGCUUAGCAAAAGCCGUAAAAGCUAAACGACUAAGCGCCUAUUGCGACUCUCAAUUAGUCGCCAGUCAGUUCAGCGGCGACUACGAUGCCCGCAACGACCGAAUGGAUGCCUAUCUCAAAAUAGUGCAAAGCCUGACAGCAGAGUUCGAGUUCUUCGAACUCAUCAAAGUUCCCAGAGGCGAAAACGUCUGCGCCGACGCCCUCGCGGCCCUUGGCAGCAAGCUUCGUGAUCAAGUUAAACGAACCAUCCCGAUACAUCGUAUCGAGAAACCAAGCAUCGAUAUUCCUACCGACCAAACCCUCGUUGCCCCGGUCAUCGAACCCGCUACUCCAGAUGACGACGGAUUUGGUCCUGAUUGGAGAACUGAGUUUAUCGACUACCUCUCGAAGGGAGAACUCCCAAACGACAAAUGGGAAGCUCGCCGACUAAAAACACGCAGCGCCCAUUACGUCGUUCUUGACGAUGAACUACACCGCUGGACCGCGAGUAAAGUACUCCUAAAAUGCAUUCAUGGCGACGAGACAGCAAGGGUUAUGGCAGAGACGCACGAAGGCGCUGGCGGAAAUCAUUCGGGCGGACGUGCAUUAGCAAUCAAAGUAAGGAGCUUAGGCUUCUUCUGGCCAACAAUGAACGCAGAUUGCGAGUCUUACGCGAGAAGCUGCGACAAGUGCCAACGGCACGCACCUAGUAUCCAUUGUCCAACCGAAAUGUUGCGAACAACCACCGCUCCAUACCCGUUCAUGCGAUGGGCAAUGGACAUCAUUGGACCACUUCCCUGUUCCCGCCAAAGACGCUUCAUCCUCGUCCUCACCGACUACUUUACCAAAUGGAUCGAAGCUGAAGCAUACGCUCAAGUCACGGACAAAGAAGUCCGCGGUUUCGUCUGGAAAAAUAUUAUUUGCCGCCACGGUUUACCUUAUGAGAUCGUUACCGAUAACGGAUCGCAGUUCAUGUCAGGCAACUUCAAGGAGUUCUGUGGCAAAUGGAACAUUCGACUAAGCCCCUCCACUCCUCGUUACCCGCAAGGUAAUGGCCAGGCAGAAUCCUCCAAUAAACUCAUCAUCGAUGGCAUUAAAAAGCGUCUGGAUCUGAAAAAGGGUCACUGGGCCGACGAGCUCGAUGGGGUCCUAUGGAGCCAUCGCACAACGCCGCGAGGAUCGACUAAAUCGACACCUUUCUCCCUCGCCUACGGUGUAGAAGCCAUGGCUCCCACUGAAGUCAACGUUUCAAGCCUCCGACGCUCCAAGAUGCCUCAAUACGUCGAACUCAACAAGGAAAUGCUACUCGACGCCCUUGAUGAGAUAGAAGAACGACGAGAUCAAGCUUUGCUGCGCAUCCAGAACUAUCAACACCAGAUCGAGAGUUACUACAAAAAAAAAGGUCCGUGCCCGACCUCUGGAACUCGGUGA